AACUAUGCAACGUCUUUGAGUGCAACUAUUAAUAAAACUUACAUGCUUGGAGGUUUUUCAUUUCGUUCUAUAGAUGUGGAUAACCGUGCAUUCAGUUCAGCUAUUUCUGCAUCUCUUACUCGGGUUGUUGUAAUUAAUGUUCGUUCCUGA